AUGGCUACAAGCAAUACCAUGAACUUCGGACCAGAAUGGAUGAGACGUUUCCCAAAGACUCCGACGAGCGACAGCAAUCGUUCCACUUCUCCUACUUCUUUGUCUUCAUCUAAUGUAACGAACAAUUCGUCAACCAUUUCUGCAAGUGCAAAUAUCAAUACAAAUCUUACAAAUAAUACAAAUAGUAAUGGAACAAGUACAUUUUCUUGGUCUUCGGUGGCCGCUGCUAAUAGCAACAAUACUACGUCAAAUCGUUCAAUUCUUAACGAAAUGUCCGAGAAAUCUGAAGUACCCGGUGCGGGUGAAUCUGCAUUAAACCCUUUCAAAUAUUCAAAGGAAUUUAUGCUCAAAUUAUAUAAGCCAGUAGGAUUGCCUUUGGAAUUUGAAAGACAUGAAUAUGUUACAAGUGAGGAAGCAAUACAACCAAUGGCCAUGAUAGUGCUAACAGAACAGGAACAAAAGCUUUUAUCAGGCGUGUCCGUUAAUAGUGAACUUACCCGACGUAUUGUUUCCAAUGCGUCGGUUGGAACGGUUACCGGAAGUGAACGUAUAGAGAGAGAAAGAGUACCAUUUUCUCCUCGUGGCGAGAAACAUAUUAGUAGUGGACUAACUUCACCCAGAAGCGAACGUUUCGGUGGUAUUAUAGGUGGAGUACUGAGUGGGCGAACAAGUCCUCGCAGCAGUCGUCCACCUAGAUCUCUCAAUUCAACAUCAGUAGAUGAUCCAGGUUGGAAUGGUGUUACACGACAUGCUGUAGGAACUUUUGAUAAUGGGGUUUUCAGAAUCCCUGGAAACAACGUAGAUGAUGAAACUUUAGAUAAAGUUAAGAAAGAGGAUACCGAACGUGGCAAGAAAAUCGAGCAAGAGCUUGAAAAGAAAAAUCCGUCCGACCGAUCAGAUACAAAUGCCUACAAUAAUUCGUCCCAAAAUGAAAUUGUGACGUCCAAAUCAGAACGAAAAGAAAUGAACAAUAAAUCUAUGAAUGACAUUGAAGAUCCCACAAGACAUGAGUUUACGGAAGAUUUGCAAGAAAACACUUUGAUGCAAAUUGGUCUUAAGCAGGAAACACAACAAGAAUAUCAAGUUCAUGAAGAUGAAGUUUUACAAGAUUGGCAAGGUUCGCAAAGUCUCCCGAAUCAAGAAACUAAAGGAUCAUCAUUACAUCAGAAUCAAACAGAAUUUUACCAAGAGGAACAAGAUUCGUUUCAACAUGAUGAUGUGUUGAAGGAAGCGUUCGCUUAUUCAAAUUUAGGAGGUAAUACACCACCAUUAUCCCCAACAGUUAAAACUAGUAAAUUUACUUCCGCACAUUCAAAUAUUGGAACUGGUAAUGUUUUUGGUGAUAGCAAUUCUGGGGUCGCAAGUCUUUUUUCUGGUACAGGAAUAAAUGCUGAACCAAGAAAAGUAACGCCCGAGCAAUAUAAAUGGUUGUACCGUGAUCCAAGUGGUAAUAUUCAAGGGCCAUUUAGUAGUCAAGAAAUGAAUGAAUGGUAUAAGGGUGGAUUUUUUGUUCAUAGUCUUUUGGUUAAAAGGGUUGAAGAUACUGCGUUUGAACCUUUAGGUGCCUUGAUACGAAAGACAGGUGAUGAUGAAAGGCCUUUUUCUGCGCCAAUACCUGGUUCAAGGCCGCCUUUAACUAUUUCUAUGCCUAAUAAUUCAUCACGUUUGGUUAAUGAUCCAUUCCAAAGAUCUUGGGUUGCUCCUAAUUCUCCCAGUACGGCACAGUUGUUUUUGGAUAAUAAUCAACAGCGAUUUAAUCCUUUUGGUGGAACGACUUCGGUGCCAAAUACACCAUUUGAUCGAUAUCAGUUUGGUAGCGUCUUUGGGCGAAAUGACGUUUCUAAUGGGGGCGGAUGGGGAGAUCUGAACUCAUCAAAUAAUGCAUGGGGACAAGCAGAAGGGUUCACACCUAACAACGAAACUUUGUCUCCUCGUGUGCAAGCUCCUAAUUCACCACCUCUAUUUAACAAUAAUGCUGCUUCCUUCAAUGUUUCACCACCUCAAAAUUAUCUGGAUCAUCAACGAGCACUAUCCUCCCAGAUUGAGCGUCAACAAUAUAUGAUGCUCCAACAGAGACAAUUACAACAAAAUCAACAUGCUUAUCCAGACACUUUUAUUAGGCAGCAACAACAAAGUUAUAUAGGAAUAUCUGGGCCUGUAUCUGCUCCUAUUACAAAUGCGCCAAAUCCUCCGUUUGUUGACGCUUUAACGAGAUCUGUAGGUUGGCCGACAACUUCUGCUGAACAACCAACUCCCUUAUCACCAUGGGGAGUACCUGGUGUCGUAUCUACUUCUUCGCGUGUUCCACAGUCAGAUGAGAUCGGAUAUUUCAGUGUGAGAAAAGAAAACAAUAUUGGAUUACAAAAAUCGUCACAUAAUGAUCAGAUUUCUAGUCGACAUAGCGAGAGACAAUAUGACAUCAUGGAUGGAAAUAGUCAAGAUCCGUCCUUUGAUCGUAAAAUUAAUGAUGUGGUUGAAUCUAUUACAAAACCUAUCCUCGGAGAUGAGAUCCCUUCAAAAAAGGUGGAUGAAAAGACACCUCAACCACUAAAGAAUGGAUUGUCAUGGGGAAAUAAUAGUCCUGUCACUCCUUCAUCGGCUCCAUGGGCGAAAGAUGAUGAUCACAGUACUCACAAAACUCCUUCACUACGCGAAAUUCAAGAAAUGGAAGCUCGCAAAGCCGCUGAACGUAAAGCUGCUGCGGUUACUACUCAUUCCACCGUUAUGAAUUCAAAGGAAGAAAUAACACCCUCAAAUUCUACUUGGGGAAUCAUUGGUCAAAAUUCAUCUAAUACAUCUAGUUCGUCUUCUCUUUCUACUUCUCCUGUUGUUACUACACUAGCAUGGCAGUCAAACAAUUCUGCUCCUAAAAAAACCCUUAGAGAAAUUCAGAAAGAAGAGGAAGAAGCAAUGAAAAGACGUAACAGGAUACGUGAAAUGCAGCAACAAGCUUUACUUGGAUCUAAUUCUGGAGCUGGAUCAGCUGCCACAAAUAGUAUGGGAAAACGCUAUGCAGAUACAGUAGCCACAGCAAAGAAACCCGGAUCCAUUUCUAUGAACACUGCCUGGACAACUGUUGCUAGCAAGUCAAGCAAUCGUGCAAUUACAGCAGUAUCUCCUCAACCUAAUAAUGCUACUAUAAAUGUGAUAAAACCCAACGGAAAAGAUUCUGCCGUAGCUUGGGAUAUGGAUUCGCAUAAGGGUAUAAAUGGUUUAAGAUCACAAAGUCAAUUAAACAAGCCAUCAGAAAACUUAAAAAAUAGUAAUAAAGCAACUACUGUCAACUUGAGUUUGUCAAAGAAUUCAGGCAACGGCGGUGUUAUUAAUGCUAACAAUUCCAAUGAACAUUUUGCACCUCGUUCUCCUUCGGAAGAAUUUUUAAAAUGGUGUCGUCAAACUUUACGUGGGUUGAAUGAUGUGAACGUUGAGGAAUUUAUUCAGAUGUUGCUUACAUUCCCACUUGACCCUCCUCCCGCCACUAUUGAGAUCAUACAAGAUUCGAUUUACGCUAAUUCGUCAACUCUAGAUGGUCGAAGAUUUGCUGAUGAAUUUGUCAAGAGGCGUAAGGCAGACGCUAGUGGUUUGCCAUUAAGUAGUUUAUUGAAUACACAUACAGAAGGAAAAUCAAGCAAAGAAAUAGGAACUAAUAAUAGUAAUACAAAGGAUGAACAUUCGGUGAAUAGUGCGGGUGCUUUUAAAAUUGUGACCACAAAAAAGG